AUGAAGACUAGUUCGUCCCAAUUCGAUUUGAUGGUGACAUAUAUGGAGCAGCAUGGAGAUCUCAGCAAACUAUCGAAUAAUGCGAGAGGUAGGAUGGCUUCUAUAAAAAACUGGGAGGUGUUAGGUCAAUUUUUGAAUAGUGAUGGUAGUGGUGAUACAAAAAGCACUGAGAAAUGGAAGAAGGUUUGGAGUGAUUACAAAAACAAUAUUAAAAAGAAGGCUGCUCGUCUACAUAAAGCGGCUAGUGGUACUGGUGGUGGGCCUGCUACACAUGGCAAAUUAACAGAUUUAGAACAAAGAGUUCUAAAUCUGAUUGGUGUACAGGUAGCUACGGGCGUGGCAGUUGAAGAGGCUGGGUUGUCACAGCGGACUUAUGUUCAGGCUAAUCCCACAGUGAACCUUGAACAAGGAAUACUAACUCCACAACCACCUCAAUCAAUAGAAUGUACUUUACAACCUGCUCAGGACAGGACACUACAGGACAAUAUUGCCCCACAAUUGCCACCAACAUUGCCGAGGGCUAUAUUUACACCAUCUCUUGCCUUUACAGAGGAAGUUCAAAAAAUUAUUACAGAUACGGGCACACUCUCUCCAACUUUGCUCUCAUCUCAAGUCCAAGAUAGUCAACCGGGGCCUGCUUUGUCGGGGCAAACUACACCUUGCCGUGCAAGACCCAUUCGUACUCGAAGAUCACCUCGAAGACGAGUGAGGCCAGCACACACAGAGCAGGCAGCACAACAGUUUCUCCAAGCCGAAGAACACUGGAGAAACUUUAAAAAACAGCAACACCAAGACUACAUGGACUUGAGAAGGGAGCGACAUAGAAUCAGGGAGUUGGAACUUCAAUCUCAGAGAGAGUGGCAAGCAUUAGGUUUAAGAGCUAUAGAUUUGUUAGAUAAAGUAGUUAAUAAGUACUGUAAAGAUUAG